AUGAACAAUCAAAACCCUUUUGCAAAUAUCGGCACGCCCAGCUUUAACCUGUCGCAGAUCCCGCAGCACAUUCUACAAAGUCUCACACCGAUGCAGUUGCAGAUGAUACAACAGCGGCAUCGUCAGAUUCUAAUGCAGAGACAACAGCACCAGAUGGGCGCGGGCGGAGCGGCUGGAGCGGCUAGCUCUGCGGAGGGCAUCGGCAACCAGGACGGCCACCAGGCCGGCUCACAGCACCAGUCACCGAACGUGAUGACACCUGUGGGCGCGGGAGGGAUGGGCACUCCUGGGAUGAGCGGAAUGAUGGAGCGCUCGGGAAGUAACCAGGGCGUAUACCUGAAUGUCGCGCAGAAGGCACAGCUGCUGAAAGCUCAGCAGCAGCAACUAGCUCUAAUGCAACAGCAGCAAAUACAACAAGCACAGGCGCAGCAGUCGCCGCAGGCGCAACAGGCGCAACAAGGCCUUCAUAAUCAGCAAGCACAGCAUUCUCCCCGCAAUGCACAGGUGAAACAGGCUCAGCAGUCACAUCAAGUUCAGGCCCAGCAAAGUCAGCAGAAUCAACCGUCACAGCAGACUCAACAAGUCCAGCAGAUGCUACAACGCCAACAGCAGCAGCAGGAGACACAGCGCCAACAGAAGCAGCAACAACAACAGCAGCAACUGAGUCAAUCUCCGCAGCCUGGUCAAUCACCGGUGGUGACACCAUCAAUUAAUCUCCCGGUGCAGAUUGCCCAGCUGCCGCCACAUCUACAGUUGCAAUGGCUAAACAACCUGAAGCAGCAGGCCAUAUCCAAGAAUAACGGUAAUGCCGUCGCGAUGAUAACGCAACUACAGCAGCAAGUUCAGAUGAGUAUCCAGCAGAAACAGCAGCAGCAACAACAACAUCAACAACAACAACAACAACAACAACAACAUCAACAACAACAAAAUCAACAACAUCAACAACAACAACAUCAACAACAACAACAUCAACAACAACAUCAACAAAAUCAACUACAACAAAAACAGCAGCAGCAGCAGCAACAACAACAACAACAAAAUCAACAACAUCAACAGCUGCAACAACAACAACUGCAACAACAGCCACAACAACAACCACAACAACCACAACAACCACAACAACCACAACAACCACAACCACAACCACAACCACAACCACAACCACAACCACAACAACCACAACAGCCACAACAGCAAUCACAACAACAUCAGCAGCAGCAACAACAACAACUGCAACAACAACUACAACCACAACCACAACCACAUCAUCAUCAUCAUCAUCAACAACAAAAACAACAACUACAACAACAGCAACAACAACAACUACAACAACAACAACAACAACAACAACAAAAUCAACAACAUCAACAACAUCAACAACAAAAUCAACAACAUCAACAUCAACAGCAACAGCAACAUCAACAGCAACAGCAACAGCAGCAGCAAUCACCGCAGCAACAAUCACCGCAGUCCCAGGUUCACGGGAAUCUGCCUGACCUUUCCAAGGGCGGCAUGUCUCCGUCGAUGCAAAUGUCACCCAAUCCGCAGGCGCAGGGGCCACAACCCACACAACAAGUGCCUCAUUAUAUGUCGCAUCUGCCUUCCGGCUCCCAAAUACCGCGCCAAUCAACACCACAGUCUUCAGGCACUCCACAGCCGUUACAGAAGCAGCUGCUGCCUCAGGGCCAAAUGGGCACCGUGAAUCAUGCUUCUGAGCAUAGCAAUAACCUACAAAUCUCAUCUUCGGUACCGCCAAAUGUGUCCGUGUCCCAUAUGGGCACUUCAACUGAAGCUGAUCUGCCAAAGUUUCAGACAAUAUACGAAGAUCCAAAGGAAACACUACUAACGUCCUCCGAUGCCUGGUCUCGUUCUUUGAAAGCACAGAACAUAGAUCCACCGUCGGAUCUCCUCCUCUAUGAACAGAUCAUAUCCCGCGACCAGCUGAACUCUUUGCAAUUAGUAAGGGAGCGUAAUGGAUACGAGCCUAUGAGUAAGUUUGGAUUCAGUAAUAAGGAAUACCUCACGCGGCUGCUGCAGGAUCUUAAUUACUACAAAGAACUCAAAAAUACCCGCAUGAAGUCCAUUACAAAUACCUCACAGGGCACCGUAUCAAAGAGCAUUUGGGGGGACGGAUACUCGGGGUAUGGUAACGGCUUCACCAAUACUGUGACGAAUGUGGUCAUUGGCGGCGAGCUGAGCGGCGAAUACAUCUCCCUCAAUGAUGUCUACGAUGUCACAAUGCAGCACGAUAUCGAGGAACUCGUGCCGAUCCGGCUUGAGUUUGACACGGAGCGCGAUCGUUUCUCCCUGCGUGAUACCUUCAUUUGGAACAAAAACGAAAAGCUGGUCAAGUUGGAGGAAUUUGUAAUGCGCACACUCGAGGACUAUCGUUUUGCUCAGCCCACGCAGUACUGUGAUGCCGUGCUGAACGCCAUCAGGGAGCAGCUCAACGAGUUCCAGACAAACCCUUUCAAGCACAUACGGAACGCCAACCGCAUCGGGGGGGACGACCUGCGUAUCAAAAUCCGCCUCGACAUUGUGGUCGGCCAGAACGAGCUCCUCGAUACCGUCGAGUGGGACAUCUCCAACCCUGAUAACGACCCAGAGGAGUUCGCGCAGGUCAUGUGCGAAGAGCUGCAACUGCCCGGGGAGUUCAUGACGGCGAUCGCCCACUCCAUCCGCGAGCAGGUCCACGUCUACCACAAGGCCCUGGCGCUCAUUGGCUACAAAUUCGACGGCUCCUUCAUCGACGACGACGACAUCCGGUCCCGCUUUUUACCUGUUAUCACGCUCGAUGAGGUCUUCCGCGCCUCAUCCGAUUGCAAGACCUACACCCCCAACCUCCUGGAGAUCUCAGCUCCCGAGCUCGAGCGCCUGGAAAAGGACAAGGACCGCGACACCCGCCGCAAGCGCCGCCAAGGCCGCUUCAACCGUCGCGGCGCCGUCGCGUUUCCCGACGCCAUGCCCGACCUCAAUGACAUCCCCAAGACCUUUCGCAUCCCUGUGCCGUCUACUAUCCUGCCCGGCGGCGUCGACCUCGGCCCUCCGGUCGGCUCCUACACCGUCGUGUCUACUUCCUCGCAGCAGCCCCGCCCGCCAAAGCCGCGCCCCGUCGAGGCCCCGUGCCGCAUCAUUACACAUGAGCGCGGCCGUAGCCUGCUAUUAAGCAUCCGCCUGCGCGCGCCCGUGGCCACGGCCCAGAAGGCCCCGGCCACCGCUCCCGGCGUGGCCCCGGCUGUCCCGCCGGUUGUCUUAUCCGAUAACCCCACGCCUCCAUAUCCAUAUGCCGUGCCAUCUCAACUCGAUGCCCAAGACUCACCACGUCACAGGUGA